AGAGAGAGAGAGAGUCUCAUCUUCUCGUCGUCGUCGUCAUCAGUGUCUCCCCUCCUCUCCUUUCUCUGCUUCUGUGCCUCACCCUUUAUAUCCUCUCCAUUCCCCUUCUCUCCCUCUCCGGUUCUCUUCUUCUUCCAGUAUAUCCUUUCUCGAAUAAGAAAUCACUCAUCAAAAUUAUCUGACAAGAAAAGGAAAAGAAAAAUAUACUCAAUUCUAGGAAAAUGGCAGGGGCAGGAGGUGGCGUCGUGACUGUGUAUGGUAACGGGGCGUUGGCGGAGACAACGACGAAGAAGUCGACCUUCUCGGUGAAGGUUGGGCUGGCGCAGAUGCUGAGGGGUGGGGUCAUAAUGGACGUUGUGAAUGCAGAGCAGGCGAGGGUGGCCGAGGAGGCUGGGGCCUGUGCAGUCAUGGCCCUCGAGCGUGUCCCCGCUGACAUCAGGGCCCAAGGUGGGGUGGCCCGUAUGAGCGAUCCUCAGCUCAUCAAGGAAAUCAAGAAUGCCGUCACCAUCCCCGUCAUGGCCAAGGCCCGCAUCGGCCACUUCGUGGAGGCCCAGAUCCUUGAAGCAAUCGGCAUCGACUACGUUGAUGAGAGCGAGGUCCUCACGCUCGCAGAUGAGGAUAACCACAUUAACAAGCACAAUUUCCGGAUCCCUUUUGUGUGCGGUUGCCGGAACCUGGGUGAAGCACUCCGUCGUAUCAGGGAAGGUGCAGCGAUGAUACGGACCAAGGGCGAGGCUGGCACAGGGAACAUCAUUGAGGCAGUCCGCCAUGUCCGAUCCGUGAUGGGUGACAUUCGGGUGCUCAUGAAUAUGGACGACGACGAGGUCUUCUCAUUCGCGAAGAAGAUUGCGGCGCCUUAUGACCUGGUGAUGCAGACGAAGCAGCUGGGGAGGCUGCCGGUGGUACACUUUGCGGCGGGAGGGGUGGCAACACCAGCAGAUGCAGCCCUGAUGAUGCAGCUGGGUUGUGACGGGGUGUUCGUGGGAUCGGGGGUGUUCAAGAGUGGAGACCCGGCCAAGCGGGCCAAGGCCAUUGUGCAGGCCGUGACUCACUACAGCGACCCGGAGCUGCUGGCGGAGGUGAGCUGUGGCCUCGGGGAGGCCAUGGUUGGGAUCAAUCUCAAUGAUGAUAAGGUUGAGAGGUUCGCUAAUAGGUCUGAGUAAAAGAUAUUAUUAGUAUACAUAUGCAGUGAACUCGGGGGAAGGUGAGGCUAGCUAAAGAAAGAAGCAUGCAUCUAAUAUCGUCUUUUUUUUCUUUUUCUUUUCCUUUUUUUACCUUAAAGAAACAAAUCUCUGUCUCUGCUUCUGCAAUUGCCAGAAGAAUAUGUGUUUGUGAAGAAUUCUUCAUCCACUCCAUAGUGGUAGAUAUGAUAUGCAUAUUACAAGGUAAUUGAUUUGAAGAAAUUACAUAAAUGUUUAGGAAA